AGCAUGCCAGUUUGUGUGAACAGCGAGAGUGCUGUCUCGAUUACAAAAGGACAUCCUCACAGGUUCAACCUAGGCACGUACUGGUGUUUGUGCAGGAUUCUCAUUUCUCUUGCAACUGUCAGCCUCAGGUAUGAGGGCCUGCUUAGUAUUCCUUUGCUUACUGGCAGCAACAUUUCCCCUGCCUGUAAAAAGUAAACCUCAUGGAAAACAUCAUGGAUUGCAUAAGACGUCACAUACAGCCAAAGAAAAGGACAUUAUCACAGAGGAGGCCAACAAGCCACAGAUUUUACCUACUUUAGUCACGUUUGCGGCCAGCAGCCAGGAGCAGGAAGAUGAGGAAUUGAGCUCUGAAGACAAUGCUAAUGCUAACAAGGAGGAGGGAGAGUUUGAGGUGACUGAAAGGAGUGACAAAAGCACUGUAGUCCUGUUGAGUGAGGAGGAAUUGGUAGACCUCCUGAAGAAAGAUGCAGAAGAAGAGCAGGAAGCAGAAGAAAGAGUGCUAGAGGACGAAGAAGUGGAGACAGACAAAGGCAAGGUGGAGUCUGGUGAAGCUGUGGAGAUAAGUGAAGAUGAGGAAGCUGAGGUGGAGGAGAAGAAGUUGGAUGACAAACUACAAAUAGAGGAAGACGCUAAAGAGGUGACAGAUGAGGAAGAAGAAGUAAAGGAAGAGAGUGUGGAAGAUGCUGAAAUGCUGGAGAAGGAAGAGGUGGAGGUGGAAACGAUGUCACCCAAGGAAAAGGAGUCUGUUGAAAAAGUAGCAGAGGAGCAAGGGGCAAUGCUGGAGGAAACGGAUGGUAGCACAGUUGAUCUUGACUACGCUGCUGAUAGUGGCAUCUUACAACCUCUACAGAUUUUAUCUGCUAAAAUAAAACCCCACACUGACGACACCCAGCUUCUUUCACAAACAGAAGAGAAAGAAACCAGUGAGAAAGAACUGCCCACCAUUGCAGAUGACUAUGAACAAGACAUACAAAACACUGAGGCAGUGGACAGUGAGGAAGUGUCUGAUCAGGACAUGGACAAAGAUUCACAGGCAAAAUCUAUAGAAAUGAGUGCUGAUAAAAAAGAACCCGAAGCAAAUGUGGACCCCCACGAACCAAAGAGCAGUACAGAGUUAGAAUCAGGGUCCCGACCAGCUGGAAAGGAGGAAGAGAAGAGUAAGAAUGACAGUGGAAGUCACACCAGGGGAAAGGCAAGGAAGCAGAAGAAGAACAAGAGGGCAAGGAAGCACUCUCCACAGAGUGAGGAAACACAGUCUGAACCAAUCCAACAGGAUCCUCCGGAGUCUGAGGGCAGCAGCAUUGACAAUACAGUUCACAAGGCAAAGAGGAGAAGGGCAGGAAAAUGGGGUCCUUUAGUAGGAAUGAAUCCAGUGCAGAUAAGAGCCACAGUGGAUCUCUACCCCAGUUCCAGGUCCUCUCUUGGUGGAGGCGUACAUCGCCCAGAAGCCCCUACUGAUCCAUGUGACAACUUUCCCUGCAAACGCGGAAAGACGUGUAAACUUGAUGCGGACAAUAAGCCAGGCUGUGUGUGUCAAGAACCAUCAGAAUGUCCCCCCAGUGUGAAUGAGUUUGAUCAUGUUUGUGGGACAGACAACAAAACGUAUGACACAUCAUGUGAACUCUUUGCUACUAAAUGCAACAUGGAGGGCACUAAGAGAGGACACAGACUUCAUCUAGACUACACUGGGCCAUGCAAACUUAUACCUCCAUGUGUGGACACUGAGCUGAUCCAGUUUCCUCUACGAAUGAGGGAUUGGCUGAAAAAUGUGCUGCUGCAGCUCUAUGAACAUGACUCCAUGUCUCCUGGCUUCCUCACUCCUAAACAGCAUUUUAGAGUGAAGAAAAUUUUUGAGAGUGAGAGGCGUCUUCAUGCUGGUGAUCACCCUGUUGAGCUGCUCGUGCAGGACUUUGAGAAGAACUACAACAUGUAUAUCUACCCAGUGCACUGGCAGUUUGCUCAACUGGACCAACACCCCUCUGACAGAUUUUUGUCCCACUCAGAGCUGGCCCCACUUCGAGUCCCUCUGGUGCCGAUGGAGCACUGCACCUCCCGCUUCUUUCAAGAGUGUGACGCAGACAAGGACAAGCAGGUGUCCUUUAAAGAGUGGACUUCCUGUUUUGGUAUCAAGAAUGAGGAUAUGGAUGUCAACUUGUUAUUCUGAGCUUCAUUUUGUUGCUCAUCUACUACACAAGCUUGUUGAAGCUGCUCCAACAGUGCAGCUUGAGACAGGAGCCUCCAUGAAUCUAUGUAAUACAAGAAACUCUGACACAUGCAGAUCAUUUGCUGAUCAAGUGUUGGUGGUCAAUGCUGUUUUUUUGUGUCAGGCUAAGCUUGGACAUUUGGAUCUGUGUUCUUAGAUAUUAGAAUAAAAGAACAAGCUAUUUUUAGCUGGUUUUAUCCAGACUGUUUUUUAAUGCAUUCCAAACUGGGGAAAAGUUUACAUCAGCUAAUUAGUAGAAAAGUACCAGCUUUUAAAAGAACUGUGGUUUGUAUGUUAGAAUGAUUUAGUGCAGAAUUACUCUUUAAAUACGUAGUUAAUGCCAGACCAUUGAGUUACAGUAGGAAAUGUAAAACAGUAACUGUGAUUCUUAUCUUAGUAGCAAAUGCUGUAAAUAUUUGUCUUUGCAUCCUAAGUUUCCUUGUACCUCUCAUUAAAGCUUUAUGGAAAGCAAUGGACUUCACAAUAUCAUGACGUAGACUAUAUCAAUGCACCCUGUUGUUAAUAAUGACUUUUGUUUCUUUACAGUGCUGAAAUAAACAUCAGUUUAUGCUCUAA